UGGGAGCGGCUCUCGCGCACGCCGCCUCCGAGAAGUAACCGACGCUCUCGUUGGGGCGAGUCUCACUGGACGAGGCGAAGGAGAAUUUGCACACAUUUAAAAUUGUGUACCAUCACACAGAAGAUGUUUGAAAUUUUCAUCAUCAAGGUGGAAGACCCUAGCUGUUUCUGGGGGCGAAUAACAAAUGGUUUCAGUGAUCUGGUUGAAAAUGCAAACCAGUAUCAAAGAUUGGAGGAAAAGAUGAAUCAAGUCUACAACAGAAGAGAUGAAGAUUCAGAAGAAAUUAAACUUGCGGUUCUAGAACAGGGGCAGAUUUGUGCUAUAUACUGCCAUGAACUACGUUGCUGGUGCAGGGCAAUACUUGAAUCUCUUGUAUCAAGUGGAAGUAGUUACCUUGCAGAGUGUUUCCUAGUUGACUACGCAAAACACAUUCUGGUGAAAGCAAAUGAUGUACGAAGAGCAGUUGAUGUCUUUUGGAAACUGCCAUACCGUGCUAAAAAGUUUACAUUGUUUGGCAUACAGCCAAUGACCUUGCAUGUUGAUGUUUGUGAAGAGAAAGCAAAAAUUGGCCCAGCAGUAAGAUGGGACAGUGCCGCAAUACAGUAUUUCCAAAAAAUGUCCCGAGAAUCUGAUGUUGCUGAAGCAAAAUUACAAAGUGUGACUGGGGAUACCUUUGCAGUUCAAUUAUACCUCUCGCUAAAUGAUGAAAAGGUGUGUCUGAAUGAUGAUUUGGUAGCGAAAUUCUUUGCAUGUUACGUUUCACCCAAAAGUAUGGUGAAAAGUCUGAAUUCUUCAUCAGAAAUCACUUCAGCACUAUGUCAGAAGAAGGAAGCACCUGUUAAGAAGAAUGUAGGCCACGCAGCAUUGGCUCUUUGGUCUGAGACAGUGCAAGGAAAUGUUCGUACAACAUUAAACCAAGGUCCUGCUGUCCAAAAGUUAGUUACUCAAUGUCUACAAUCCCAAGAAAGAGUAUUCAGCGAAAAUAUAAAUAAACAAUACACCAAGACAGCUGUAUCGUUAUCCAACAGAAAAUCAACAGAGUCACUCGCAAGCUUUUCCUUCUGUUCUUCGGAAAAAGAAUUAGAUUGCAAGAGAGCAAGGUUUUAUCCUCGUGAUGAAAUGAGAAUGGACAGGGACACCUCCAAGGCGAUGCAGGAAUGUGAUGAAAUACCAGCUGCUAGAAGUUAUGUAUUUAUUCCAUUUAUUAUUAAACUUCUACAAUUUCUAAAUCCAGAUCCAUUGAACUCAAAAAACGAACUCGAACUUAAUUUCCAACAGCCAUCCUACAAAAUGGCUUUUGACCUCUGCAAUGGAGUCUUGGUGCACUCACUAAUCAAACUGAGACCUUGUCGGAGCAUGGAAAUGUCACCUAUUUCUCUGGAUUUAAAAAAGGAACUGUGCAAGAAAAAAAUUGUUCGUCCAAAUGUUGUGCAAGCUUACUGUUGGCCUGCUAUAGGCCGUGGUUGUGACUUGAUUGCAGUUUCGCAGAAAGGAGAUGAUCCUCUUCUGUACCUCCCUCCAUUGUUGACGUUUUUACAAUUACCAUCCAUGUAUAACUAUCAACCCAGGCGAAAUUUGCCAUUAGCAAUAAUUGUUUGCCCUGGACGACAGAAGGCCCAUUUUGUGUACCAGAUGUUAACUGAUUUAAUAAGAACUUCCCGACCGCUUUCUCUAUCCUUGGUUUUGGUUGGACAGGAUCCAGAAGAAAUCAAGAAAAUAAAGUUUACCAAAGGAUGUGAUGUAGUUGUUACUACUCCACACAGUUUGGUACGUGUCCUUCAAAUACACUGUCUAUUUUUCAUUAGACUCAGCCAUUUGGUAUUGGAUAGAGUUGAUGUACUUUUCGAUGAAGCAAUGGAUGAAAUGAAUACCAUCUUGCAAUGCUUCAAGGAAGCUACUAAUGUUCCAGAAAGAGGGUCAACUCCACAACAGCUCAUUGCUGUUGGACAACUUUGGUCAAAAAAAAUGGAAAGUUUAUUGAAAGAAAAUCGAAGUGAUCCUUAUGUUGUUAUAACUGCCAUGGAGGAAGCUGCUCUGUAUGGAAAUGUCCAUCAGGUUGUAAAAGUUUGUCUGGACUGUGAGAAAACAUCAUUUUUGCUGACCAUGUUGGACUUCACCUCUGAAAUUUUGCAGAAGACUGUUAUCUUUGCUAAUUGUACUGAGGAAGUGGAUCAUGUGUUCAAGGCUUUAGGCAGUAAUUCACAUUUCUGCAUGAAGGUCCACGAAGGAAUGAGCUUACAGGUCAACAAUAUAAUGGACGAUUGGAGUAAGAAAUUCAACCCUGGCACACAUGUGAUAUUAGUUACGACUGAUAACUGCCUGAGAGUCUUGAGGAUUACAGAUGCUACCUGUGUAAUUCAUUAUGGUUUUCCUUCAUCUUGUGAGAUAUUUGGAACUCGUCUAUGUUGUAUGGUUGACAAUUUUGAUAAUCUGACUAUGGAGGGGCCAACUCGUCAAGGUCAGUCAGUUGUACUGCUUACUGAAAAAGAUGCACUACAAACAGUUUCCGUCCUGCACUACUUGGAAAGAACAGAAGCUAAAAUUCCUCAAGAAUUAUUUCAAUUUAUUUUGAACAUGAAUAACCUAGAUGACAUUUACUAUGACAGAGCCUUAUGUAAAUACCUUAAAGCAUAUGGAAUAUGCAGGGAUAAUAAGACAUGCCCAAGUCGUCACAAGUUUCUUCACGAUGUAGACAAACCACGGUAUCUGACAGCUGAAAAGAAAUUGCCUUCCACCGGGUACAUUGAGAUUAUUCCAACAUGUGUCAAUGACGCUUCAGGUUAUUAUGGCAGAAUAAUACAUCACAGAAGUAAAUGGGAGGAUCUCCCUGUAUCUAUGGAAGAGGACUAUCUGAUGCUUUUGAAAGACAUGACUGAUUACUAUUUGGAGGAUGACCACAGGAAACCAGUAGAACAAUUAGAAGUUUCUGCCUUCUAUGGAUUAGAGGAGAACAGCUAUAGCAGGGUGCAGUUACUAGCAUUGCCAGAGAAAGCUGAAAGUGCAGUUCUCAGGAGUGCAAGAGUGAAAUACAUCGACAGUGGUCAAACUGGACUAGUGAUGCAGAAACAGCUGCUCAAACUUCCUGCCAAAUUUCAGGUUCUGCCACCACAGGUUGUUGAAUUUAUAAUAUGUAGAGUAAAGCCUAUUGACAAUGAAAUGGACUGGAAUCCACAGGUUUCCAGAUAUAUUAAACAAAAGAUCACCAAUAAAUCACAUGAAGCCAAAAUUGUUCUUGCUCUUGGUAACACUCUAUGGCUGAAUCCUGUAGUACGUAUGGCUAAAUUAGCUGAUCUGAAAACCACAAUAUUAGAGUACAACAUUCGUUCACAAAUCAUGAAUUCUGGAUUUGGCACUGAUAAUGCAGAGCACAUUGAAAGAUUGAAAGGUCUCUGCAGGGUAGCUGGACUUGGUUUGCCCAAUGAGGAUUCUCCCUUGAAACAGCUACAUUAUGAUAACAAGUUAGAACAUGUCACUCUCCAGAAUGAUGGAAACUACCAUUCAGUUGUCAUUUCUGAAUUUUCUAGUCCAAAGAAAUUUCAUGUGCAAUUAGUGGCAACAAGGGAAGCGUUUUGUGCUUUCGAAAAUGAAAUUAACCAAAAAGUUAUGGAAAAGAAAACAUUUAUUUUCAAUACUUCCAUGCCAACUGUUGGUGACUUGUGCUUGGCAUUCUGUGAAACAGAAAAGAGGUGGCAUCGAGUGAAGAUCUUGUCAAUUGUUGAUUCCAAAAGGAUUUAUGAAGUGUUCUUUAUGGAUUUUGGAACAUGCAGCUAUAUUUCUUUGAACAACAUUCAACCACUAUUGAAAGAUGCCCUUAAGCUUCCUUUUCAGGCCAUCUGCUGUUCAUUAUUUGGUGUGGAGCCCAUGGAAAAACUCUGCAGUCAGGAGAUUAAAGAGUGGUCCUGCACUUCUUUGCAGGAUAAGGAACUCCAAGUGAAAGUAAUUGAACAAAGUAGAAAUGAUCUAACUGAUACCAUAUGCUAUUAUGUUGUUGUGCGAGAUCCCUCUAAUGCUGGCUCUGAAAAACUGGCAGAACAGAUGCUAUCUAAAGGACAAGGCAUCGGGCCACCUGCAAUUUUAAACCAAUUGUUUUCAGAAGAAGUUGUGGAAAGUAAAGAAACCAGCUACAUUUCAUACCUCUGUUCUUUGGUUUGUGCACUUUUAGGAGAUCAGAAUUCAUCAUCAUUAAGAACCACAAUAGUGGAGGAACUCCAAAACAAUGUGCUACAAUAUUCUGCAGAAAGUGCAUCAGAAUCAGGUUUACAUUUCCUAUGCAGGUUGCUCAGAUUCCUGACUUUUCCAAAAGAACAAGCUGAUGUAAUAAUUGCAAAAGCUCAUUUGAUCAGGAUGCAAGUAAGAGAUCUGGAUGAAAUCAAAGAAGAGAAAGGAAUUUAUGUACUUGUGAAUUUACUUCAGGGUGUGACUAGUGCAGAACUGCAGGAAAGCACAUGUGUUGCACUUGGAAUUCUAAGUGAAAACACCGACCUGCGCAUUCCUAUAAUUGAUGCCAAUGCAUUGAAGUACUUUUACCAAUUAUUGAAAAUGCCAAUUGAAACUAAUGUGUGGGAAGCUAUUCUUGGAGCUUUAGAUGCACUUCUUUGCUCUAGCAGAGUUUGUGAAGAAAUUGAACAGCAAGAGAUUAUAUGUCACCCUUGUGCGAAGAUUGAACAAUCUUCAAAGGAUAAGGUUUUGGAAAACGUUUUGAAGGUUUUGUGUUACCUCAGUGGAAGACCACAGAGUCUGAAUUUAAAUGUAUUGAGUGGACUUGUUUCAACUAUUGACAGCCUGUUAGUACACAAAACCAGCAAGACUGCUUUGUAUAAAGUAGCAAACAAUUUGAAAUCUUCACUGGCCAUUUUGCAAACUUUACACUGCCCACAAUAUGCAACCUAUUGUGAAGAAAAUACAGGCAUUAUCAAUCUUCCUGAAGACAGACAGAAUCAAUUAACAAUGGAUCCUAAAAGCUUUCACCCGGAGAUCAAGUGGCAUCAGAAGGAAGACCGUCUUAUGCUAAAUGUCAAGUUGCGGAAUUUUACAGAACAUUCAUGUAAAUUUGGUCAUUGCAGAGUAGUAUUCAGCGCCUGUGUUGGUACCAAAUUAUAUUUGGCAAACUUGGAACUUAAAGGCAGGAUUUUAAAGGAAAAGAGCUCAUGUGUAAUUAAAAAUGAAGAGCCUGUUAUAAUACUGUUCAAAGAAGAGAAAGGUGAAUGGAGCAGUUUGCUGAAAUUCAAGAAUCCAAAUGUUACCUUUGAUUUCAACUACCUCGAAGAAGUGGCAGAUGAUGUAACUCUUCCGAUUUGGAGGGAUAUUAGAAGAAACGAGAAACAAGUAGUAAUGGAACCCAUCAUUGAUGAUUAUGAUAGUUUAACCAGUACUAAUGAUAGUUCUGAAGAAGAUUACUGAUAACUCAGGAACUCAUGAUUGGGGUGGAAGAGGAAACAACAAAUUCAUUUUGAAGGAUUAGCAUUCAAUUUAUAUGAAACCUUGGCAGAUCUGAAUCAACGGCCUUGUUUUGUGAGAAGAACAAGUGUUGCUUGUUUCACAGAUACUACCAGAUUUGCUGAAUAAUUCCAGCAUUUUCUGUUUUCAUUAUCAAAGUAAUAACUUGUCAAAUUCGCUAAAUGUUUGAUAAGAUGACAGCAUCAUCUCCUGCAUUGGAUGGGAACCUAAUUGUGGAAACACACGUCAAAGUUUGUGACAGCAUUAAUUCUCUCGCUCUGCAUUCAAGCAACACUAAUAACAAUUUUAGGCUGUAAUCUGAAAUGCUGAUCUUUUAUGUUACUUAUGAAGACAUCCAAUUUUGUUCAAACAUGUUUCAAACAAUUUUACAACCUUCUGUGUAUGUCCACUGGUUUAACUUAUGGUAAGUUGAACCUGUCCUGCAUUAUUUGUUGCAGUUUAGUAGUUGUUGGAAUAUUUGACUUGAAUACCAUUUUUUUGAAGUAUUAAUUAUUAAAAAUAUGUAUGGGAUAAUCUUAAGUCCCAAAUGUACAAACAGCUAACAAUUGUUCUUCCUGACCAACAUAGUUAACUAGCUGUUUACAAACUGUUUUUACUAAAUUAAGGGGAGUAUUGCAAUGGCUUCAUUUUAAGCCAGGGUAAUCUAACUAUCCCAAGCAUGGACAUCAGAGUACACAUGAGCAGUGCCACACGGCAUCCAGUUAUUAUCAUCACACUUUACAAAAACAAAACACUACAAAAGCUGGAAAUCAUGAACUCAGUUUGUCUCUCCACAGAUGUUGUCUGAUGUGACUAAUCCCAGUGUUUGUUUCACACCCUUGCUUAUUUGUUUUACAUAUACUAGCUUCAGUUUCAACUUGUGUCCUUGCCCCCUAAACUCCACUCAUUGCAUAAGGAUGAAAUAUUCCGCACCAGUGAUACAACUACCACUUGAGAAAAAUAAAUAUUUCCAAAAUUUAUCUAUUUGAAUCCCAUUUCCCUGUUCUUUCCCUAUAUGUUGUACAAUUUUCAAAUUUUUGUCAAGUUCUCCCUUUAGCUGACCUUGAGGUUUCCACACUUGUUAUAAUAAGCUAUUAUAAUUACUUGAGAAAGAAUUGACCUUGCAAGAACAAAGAACAAUACAGCACAGGAACAGGCAAUUAGCCCUCCAAGCCUGCACUGACACAUUUUGUCCAUCCAUACUAAAACUGUUUUCACCUACAGCAUCCAUAUCCCUCUAUUCCUUUCCUAUUCCUGUAUUCAUCUAGAUGUUUAUUGAAUGCUACUAUUGUAUCUGCUUCCACUAUCUCGUCUGUCAGUAUUUCUAGACACUCACCACCUUUUGUGUGAAAAACGUGCCUCACACAUUUUUUUAACCCCCACCAAAAAAAACAAACGCAUUCUAUCC